ACCUAAUACCUUCUUCCCCCAAAACCCCCUUUCAUCCAACUUUCUUCACAUUUCUGAUUUCUUCACAUUCAAAAAUGAAUCGCUUCUGGACCUUGAUGUCUGGUCUCCAUCAAUUAGCCGGACCUGUAACGAUGUUGUUGUACCCGCUUUAUGCAUCGGUGGUUGCCAUUGAGAGCUCAUCAAAACAAGACGAUCAACAGUGGCUUUCUUACUGGAUCUUAUAUUCAUUCCUCACUCUAAUGGAGAUGCUUCUUGCACCUCUCCUUGAAUGGGUUCCGAUAUGGUAUGAUGUGAAACUGAUAGCGGUGGCAUGGCUGGUCCUGCCGCAGUUCAGGGGAGCUGCUUUCAUCUACGAUAAGUUUGUGAGGGAGAAGGUGAUCAAGAGAUAUUACCCUGGGAUUGGAGGAGGAGAGUUCAAGUUGUCGUCUCCAAAUGGUAAUGGCAAGAUGAAGAACAAGCUUGUUGAUCUCAUGACUACUAAGAAAUCGAGUUGAUUUAGAGAGAAGAAAUUAACAACUGAUCAUGUGAUGUAAUGUGAUGGAUCAUGUUUUGUUAGUAAUCUGGUUUGUAAUUUGGAUUUGAAUGAUGAUGAUCAAGAUCGAACAACAACAAUUAGGUAGGUUUUGUUUGAUGUGUGUUUGUUCAAACUGAAAUCGGUUGCUUCCCUUCUGAUCAAGGGGCUUU